AUGUUUGGACAAUCAGGCAACACGUCUUUUGGUGGAUUUAACUCUGCAACCCAGAGUAGUCCUUUUGGUCAAUCAGCAUUUGGUAAGCCAAUUGCCACAACAAGUUUUGGCACAGGAUCAACUUCUGUCUUUGGGAGCAAUAACACAUCAUUAUUUAGCGCUAAGCCUGCGGGUACUACUACCGGAGGUUUGUUUGGAAACACAACAGCUACUCCAGCAUUUGGACAACCAGCUACAACACAGUCUUCUUUUGGAGGUUUUGGAACUACUGGAACCAAUACUAAUUUAUUUGGAGCUCAACAAAAUGCUAAUACAAAUUUAUUCGGCAGUAGUAAUACUACAUCGGCAUUUGGUCAAGCAAACAAACCAGCAGGCUUUGGUUUUGCUUCAACUAGUGGAACAAGUCUUUUCGGACAACCUCAACAGAAUAUACAGCAAACUACGCCAUUUGGACAAACAAAUACUACUGCUAAUACCAGUCUAUUUGGUACUCCGGGAGGAUUUAGAACAGGCACUAACACUGGAUCAGCUAUCGUUGGAACUCCGAUAAAAUUUAAUCCACUUGUAGGUUCAGACACCAUGGUUAAACAAGGAGUUACGCAAACCAUUUCAACUAAACAUCAUUGUAUAGUGGUGAUGAAAGAGUACGAGAAUAAAUCAUUGGAGGAGUUGCGUCUAGAAGAUUAUACCAAUGGUAUGAAAGGACCGAGUCAGUCAGGUCAGACAACCAGUCUCUUUGGAGCUACAGCUCAGCCGUCACCUUUUGGCAGUACUAACACCAUUGCUAGCACUGUUUCCAGCGGUUUUGGGUCUAUGACAUCGGGAUUCGGCACAAACACCCAGUCAAAUACAGGUGGAGGUCUCUUUGGUAAGCCAGUAACUGGUUUCGGUACUCCAGCUACCACUACUAGUGCUUUUGCGUUCAAUCCCACAACAUCGUCAAGCUUAUUUGGCGCAAACACUCAACCGAAGCCAUUUGGGACGGCUGCUCCAACAACUUUAUUCUCCAACACAGCUACAAAUCAACCUGCAACUGGAUUUGGAACUAUGAACAACACUCAGACUCCAGGAUUCGGAGGUUUUGGUACUGCACAACCGAAUCAAAGUAUUGGAUUAUUCAAUCAAAAACCAACGACAUUUAAUAUGGCUCCAGCUACAUCUAAUACUGGUUUUGGUAGCUUUGGGCAGACUGCGCCUGCAAAUACCACUACCAACUUAUUCAACAAACCAAUUACUACAGGUUUUGGAACUGGGUCAGCAUUUGGUGCCACACCAGCUCCUGCUUUUGGGACUAACACUAGCUUUGGUAAUACCCAAAACAAUAACGCUUCAUUAUUUAAUUCCUCAUUUAAACCCGCUGGCCAGACAAACACUUUUUCAUUCGGUGCAACACCCACUGCUACAUCAACCCUCGGUGCCAACGCUAAUUUGAAUUUAGGAGGAACAAAUUCACUUUUUGGAGCACCUAAACCUGGCGGACUUUUUGGUAAUACGGCUACUGGUACGACAUUUAAUAGCUCAGGAACUUUUGGAGGUACUGGAGGUUUUGGUACCAACACAAAUACAAAUACUGGUCUGGGAUUAAAUUUACUCGGCGGUGGAGUUAAUACAAACCAAGCUCAGCAAAAUUCAAAUUCAGUUCCCGUUCAUCAGCAAAUUUUGGCAUUAGUGUCAACUCCAUUUGGUGAUUCGCCACUGCUCAAAAAUUUACUUCCGGCGUCAGGAAAGUCUGAAGAAUUAAUAAAACCAGCAAAUGUAACAUCAAAAAAUCUAAAUGGAUCACAAUUUAAAGUAUCCACGUCUAAUAACUCACCAAAAGUGAAAGCCCGAGUAGUAACACCUGUACAGUUAUCGAAAAAAUCGCUAUUCGAUGGUCUAGAAGAAGAAGAUCCGAUAUUACUAGAAGCAUUCCAACCUCGUCCAAAUGCAAAACGUUUAGUUCUACGCCCGAAACGACGAUCUCUCAGUCCUACACCAAGACCAACCGAAAAUGGAAAAACCACGGAGAAUAAUGAAGUUAUAGAGAAUAUUGAAGCCUCUUCUUCCUGUAACAAUAACAUUGAAGCAGUUGACAAAGAAAAUAAACAGCAAAGUAAUCGGCAGUCCAUUGAUAAUAGAAGAUUAUCAUCGACUUCUUGGUUGAAGACUCAUAUGCCUCGAACAACAAAAAUGCCGGAGGAAGAAUUCGAUGGACAAAAAUCUCCAUUUGAUUCUUUGGACAUUCCAGAGGAAGCUUUAGACAAUACUGUAAAUGAUUUUCGUCCUCCUCAUGGUGGAGUAAACAACAGUCCAAUUGCCAAGUCAGAAUUUAAUCAAAGCGCUUCGCGACAGAGGCGCAACAACAGGAGCGCUAAUGAUUCAAUGACAUUUAAUGAUUCUAGCCGUGGAUUAAACGAAAGUUCAAUGUCAGUUUUGCAGUCUGAUGUCGAGCCAAACCUGGCUAAUGUAACAUUGAAACGUGUCGGAUACUUUACAAUUCCUCCACUGGACCAAUUGGAUAAUUAUGUCCGUGGUGAAACUUGUAUUGUGCCUAAUUUUACAGUUGGCCGAACUGGAUACGGUAAUGUCUACUUUGCAGAUUCGUUUGAUAUUUAUGGAUUGAAUUUAGAUGAAAUUGUGCAUUUCCGUCAUAAAGAAGUAAUUAUAUAUCCUGAUGAUGAGAAAAAACCACCGGUUGGUCAAGGAUUGAAUCGCAAAGCUCAAGUUACAUUAGAUCGCGUUUGGCCACAUGAUAAGACUCAGCAUGAGCCAAUAACUGAUCCUGAGCGUUUGAUUGCUAUGGAUUAUGAAGGCAAAUUACGACGAGUUUCAGCAAGACACGAUACACGAUUCCUCGAAUAUCGUCCUGAAACCGGUUCUUGGGUUUUUAAAGUUGAUCAUUUUUCUAAGUAUGGGUUGAGUGAUUCAGAUGAUGACGAUGAAGUACCAAAAGAUCAACAGGUUAAAAUGGGAUUGAAAAAAACUGCAGAUCGUUUGAAUAAGUUGGAACAGAAGGGGAAGGAACAAAAACAAAUCUCUGCGAAUGAAUUGAAGGCUAAAAUGCGAACAUUUAAUGGGCCAGCAACCGAAGCUGAAAAAAAUACUGAACGGAAUGUAUUAUUUCGUAUGGAGGAAGAUGAUGAAGAUAGUAUGAGUAGUAAUGAAGUUCAACUUGAGCCGGAGGGUGAAAAACAAACAGCCCUGAGCCCAACCUCUGUUUACGCUCGUCUUGUUGGAACAGACAGUCACAAACUUCAAUUGAUGAAAGCUAGUUUUUUUGAUGAAUGUGGUGAUGAUUACAAUGAUCAGCCUAUGUUUGGAAAUUCUGAUGCACCACUAAAACGUCUACAAAAUUUUGAAGCUCGUGAAAAUAAUCUGAAUAAUUUAACUUACUCUGCUAAGUUGCGAUCGAAUUUUACUGUUAAUGAUAUGUUUACGUUACCUAAUGAAUCUUUCUCUGGCGGAAAAGAAAAUAAAAUUAAAAAAUCUCAUCAAACUAAAGUUGAAAAAGUUUCAAGUAUUAACAAAUUUUUUCCAUCACCAAUUAUUAAGCCAACAACUCGAGUUUUGAAGUAUCGUUGUGAAAUCAUUCCACUGAAAAAAUCUAUUUGUAAUCGUUUAAAAUUUAAUACAAUUGCUGACAUAAGUAUUCAAAUGGGUAGAAAAUUUAAAGCCACUUGGGGACCAGGUUUAACUUUAAUUUCAUUAUCUACUCAAGAGCAAGCAUCUGUAGUGCCAUUACAAAAUAGAUUCAGUCACAUAGAAACUUAUAUCUCUGGACGGUGUAAGGAUGAAAUUUCACCAUCAAAUGUCAUUCAACGAUUACAAAUGUUGGGAGGUAACCGAGCAGAUCGUGAUUACAUUUUAGAAUUCAAAGAAAGUAUUGAAGAACACUUAAGAAUUCAAUUAAAUCACUGUGUCAUUGGAGAAGAAAAUAACUGUCGUUGGAUUCGUGUUGGCGCAGGAGAAGCUGGUAUCUCCGCUCUUCAUGAUCACUGCGGUUUAUCUCAAGAAAUCGCAAAUAAUUUAACUAAUGACCACUUGUCAUCUUACGCAGCUGAUGUAUGGCAACUAUGUGUCGCUCUUUGGGGCAACUUACCUGCAUUGCAAUCUGAUUCAGAUAAAGAAAGUCACAGCCACGUAAUGAUAAGAAGAGAAGCGUUUAGUGAUUGGUUAAAAACCGUUGUAGAAGAAAUUGUUCAACGAGAAUUAUCAGAGAUCGAUAGCGAGGAUAAAAUUAUGUUUUCACUUUUGUCUGCAAAUAAAUUGGAAGAAGCUUGUGAGUUAGCAAGAAAAAUCGGCGAUUAUACACUCGCAAUAUUCAUAUCACAGUUGGGUGGUUUCUCAUGCGUUAAAGAAUUAGCCAAACAAGCUAUUGGUCUCUGGCAAUUAACUGAUGUCGUAACAAAUAUGUCAAUGUCUAGAUUGAAGAUUUACAUGUUAGCUGCCGGAGAAGAGCUCAUUAACUUAACAAGUAACGAUGAUAUUGUUAAUGUUUGUGAAAAUUUAGAUUGGAAGAGAGCUCUUGCCGUUCAUUUGUGGUAUUUAUCAGAACCUACAACAUCUAUCACUGAUGUUUUAGAACUCUACGAAGCUUCAUUCAAUGGAGAUCCAGCAGAUAUUUACGCUGCUGCGCCUUUACCGGAUUACAAAGAAGAAGAUUUUGAACCUGAAGUACUUGGAGACAAGAAAACUUAUGACCUCUGCUAUCAUCUAUUAAAACUUUAUUGUUUGGGUAAUCAUUCUCUUGAACAACUUCUUAACCCGCUGACCCACACCGCAGAUCCAUUUGAUUAUCGACUCAGCUGGUUGCUGCAACAAGUUGUCGUUGGUCUUGGAUAUUCUCAUUUAUCCGAACAUGUAUCUUCAAUGACUCAUACAAAUUUUGCAGCACAAUUAGAAGCUCACGAUCUAUGGCAUUGGUCUAUAUUUGUAAACUUGCAUCUGAAUAAUACAACUAUUCGACGAACAGCUGUAACGGAUUUACUUGCUCGUCACGUUCAAAUUGACGAAGAUCCGGAUUAUGCUCAGCGAGAAAAGUUUUUAUUGGAGGAGCUGGGCAUUCCUUCCAGAUGGAUCAAUGAGGCCAAGGCUAUCAAGGGCUGUGCUUUUAAGAGAUACGGUGAAGCUGCUUGGUAUUUACUUCAAGCGGAACAAUGGAAUAGAGCUCAUGAGGUCAUAAUUGAGCAUCUAGCAGCAGAUGCUAUAAUUAAUGAAAACUAUGAUUACUUGAGAUCGUUGUUGAGUCCAUUCGUUCCACCAGAAUGUAAUGGUCUUGUAAAUGGGUGGUCAUAUCAAGGACAGUUACUCUGGGAUUAUAUGGAGAUUGCUGUUGAGAUUGAGUCAUUCUUGAAGAAUCCUGAUUACUCUAAUCUCGGAUAUAAACUUGAACUUCUUCAACCACAAAUAAGUUCACUUUGCGCUAAAAUUAAUCAAUUCCCAUGCCCUUCUGCAAAGCACAGAUUAUGUCAAGCUGAAAUUGCCAAACGGACGUUUAAUCUCGCAAAAAGUAUACUUUUACUCCAACCAAAUGAAGAAAAAUCGACAUCUGAGAUCUUAGUCCGUUUAGUUACAAUGUUACCACUUCCUGAAGAUUAUGCACAACAAGAAUUAAGACCCAUUAUUAAUAUGUGCGCUAAUGAAAUUAUUGGCCAUUGA